UAUCCUAUAUCUACUACCUUUGCGGCUGAUCAUACGUUUCUGGCUUCACUUGAUCUUGAAGCAAUCUCUAGUACUUUCUCUCUAGAUAUAAUGAGCGGAUGGUGGAAUGAUAAUAAUGGUAACUACAAUAACCAGGUCGAACCAAUUCUUGAUGAUAUUUCAAGAACUAAUACCAUGGGAGAUCCAAAGAUGGAGAAGAUAUUGCAUGAAGAUGUUAACACAACUAUAAAAGAGAAAACAAGCCAGAAGAGGAUAAUUAUGAAGAGGCGAUAUAGAGAAGAUGGAGACAUCAAUAGUUUGUCAAGGGAAAUGAUGAAGCAGUACUUCUACAUGCCGAUAACUAAAGCAGCCAAGGAGCUUAACAUUGGUGUAACCCUCUUGAAGAAAAGAUGUCGUGAGUUAGGUAUUCCUCGUUGGCCUCACCGUAAGCUCACGAGCCUUAACGCUCUAAUUACCAAUCUCAAGGACUUAUUAGGGAACACGGAGGGAAAAACGCCCAAGAGUAAGCUGAGGAAUGCUUUGGAGCUUUUGGAGAUGGAGAAGAAGAUGAUUGAGGAAGUUCCGGAUUUGGAAUUUGGGGACAAGACUAAGAGGUUAAGACAGGCUUGCUUCAAGGCUAAAUACAAACAGAGACGGCUCUUCUCGUCUUCUUCAUGAGAGCAAGAGCUCGUGUGUAGAGAGAUCUAACCUUCUAUGACUUAAGUCAAGUUUGGUACUAUAUGACGAGGCGUGCAAAACCAAGAUAAGAGUACUAGCUAGUCGUCUCUUUUGAUUAUAAUCUAAUUCUCAUGAAACUUGGAUCCAUUCCAGUUUUUAUUUUGUUUUUUGUUUUGACUUUUUAGUUUUUUAGUUGAAUUGGUGGUCUUUUACAACUAAAAAAUUCGAAUGAAUCGUUUUUCUUUUUAUUUGAUUCGAUUUGGUUUUUAUUGGGCUUAAAUUAGUAUUUGAGAAAGCCCAAACAAAGUAAUAAUCAGUCAUGGCCCAAUUUAUCCACCGCACCGCAUUCCAAUAGUGAAUUUGCUAAAGAUCAACGGUGAACUGAUCAAUAAAUCAUGAACAUCGACAAACUACAAUUUUAUGAUGAUCACUUACUCACUAGAAAGAGUUACAUAUAACACAACUUGUAUUUGGAUAUU